UUUUACUUGGACAGAGUUCUGGAAAAUCGGAAAUUUAUUGACAUAAAACAAAAGGAAAGAGUGAAUACGAAACAGAAGCUUGAAUAGAAUAGAGGUUGAAUUGGGUGCACGCAAAUCCAUGAAUGGCCUAAAAAUGAGUGUGAAAGAGGACAUUAGAAUGAGCAAUGAGUUGCAACUUACAAACAAAUCAAACAUAUUAUUGGUAUUUACACAAAGCAUUAGAUGCUUUGCUUCAAAGCACCAAAAAUUUAGUCCAACAAACACAAUGGCAUACCCCUAAUCCAAUUCUACUACUAAAUAGUAACCCCACCAAUCAGCAACAAUCCAUCGGCUCGACGACCUCCAAUAAAUGAACUCCACGCACCCUUUCCACCCACCUGGUUUUCAGUUCCAAAUCCAACCAACAUUUCACCAAAUCGUCCUCUCUCUCUCUCUCUCUCUCCUUCCCUCUGCCAAUACGUUCUUAUUCUUACUUUACCGUCACUGAAGUAAAGCAACACCAACGUCUUUGCAUACCUGAAACCUUUGAAACAGCACAAAUAGCAGCAACAACUACUGAACCUGUUCUCUCCUGUCUGUAAUCUGACAACAACAACAGUGUUUUAUAGACAGAAGAGAGAACCGGGUUGUCUUUUUUUUUUUUGUUUAAUUUGUGCUGGAUUGAAGUAUUUAUGUGGAGAGACAGAUAUUGUAACAGUAAACCUGGGAAAGUCAGGGGAGUAUUUUUUCGAGGGGAUAUUUGAUUGCAUCCAUGAGAUCACUGCGGCUCUUGCUUUAUCUAGGAUGAGCGAGUCUGCUUAUAGAGUCGAAACCACUGCUCGUCUUGCUCAAUGGAGGAUAGACAAUCUUGCUUCUUGCACUUACCGCAAAUCCGAUCCUUUCAAGAUCGGCAAGUGGAAUUGGCAUUUAUCGGUAGAGAAGAACAGGGUAUUAUAUGUUAAAUUAUACCCAGAGAUUUCAAACCUAACAAGAGAUAAUCCUCCAAUUGCAUCCUUCAUAAUCCGGGUUGUCUGCUCUGCAGGAGAUCGAAAGGCUUUGACUCAUCCAGAAAUAACAGACAAAGAGCUGAAGAACAACUACGAUUUUGUCUGGCCGAUUGAGGUUCCUUUGACAGGGAAAUUCAUUAUUGACGUUGAAUUCCUUGAUCUGAAGACUGCAUCUCCAAACGGUGGGGAGCCUUGCUCCAUUUGGGCUGAAGGAUUCACACAAAAGCAAUCAAAUGCAACAGCUCUUACUUGCCUUGGUCGAAUGUUAACAGAAGGCAUUCAUACAGAUAUCCUUAUUAAUGCUUCUGAUGGAAGCAUUGGAGCCCAUCGUGCUGUUCUUGCUGCAAGAUCACCUGUUUUCCACAGCAUGUUUUCACAUAACCUGCAAGAAAAGGAACUCUCAACCAUAAACAUAUCUGACAUGUCAAUUGAAGCUUGUCAGGCUUUCCUAAGUUACAUUUACGGAAAUAUCAAACACGAAGAAUUUAUGACUCACCGACUGGCACUUCUCCGAGCAGCUGAUAAGUAUGAUAUCUCGGACUUGAAAGAGGCAUGCCAUGACAGUCUCCUGGAAGAUAUUGAUACAAAGAAUGUCCUUGAGAGACUCCAAAAUGCAGCUUUAUAUCAAUUGCCAAAACUGAAGUCCAGUUGCAUGCGAUAUCUUGUGAGGUUUGGUAAGAUAUAUGAUAUUCGAGAUGAUUUUAAUGCAUUCCUGCUAUGUGCGGACAGAGAGCUAAUAGCUGAUAUCUUUCAUGAAGUUCUAAACACCUGGAAAGGAUUCUAAGAUUCCACCAAUGGUAAAGAACAAAAGGAAGUUUGCUCAAGUGAGUGGUAUUUAUAUGGCUUCAAUGAAGAUUUUAGCAUGCAUGAUUUCUGUAAAGAUUAUUCUUUUGUUCAGAUGGAAUUCAUGUCUCCAUGUACAUAUGUAUUGGUUACCUUUGACAUGAACAUACCAUCCUUGUUAACUGAAUUAAGGAAUACUAUAUGAUUUAGAUGAAAAUUUGAUUGAUUCAUAUUGUAAUAAUUUGGGCUGAGGACAGAACUAUGCAUGCUGCCACACAAAAAAAAUAAAGCACCACAAAAAACACUCAAAAUCAUAUCGGUAUUGAUACAGGGUCAAUCUGCUUUGAUUGCAAAUGCUCCUAAGUCAGAAGUGGAGAUUGAAAUUUAACCAUUGGAUUCUAUUUUCUCGAGUGCUGCUUUCAAGCUUCAGUCUCCUCUAUCUAACCAAGAACGAACUAAACAAUGUAACGGGUGAUUAAACCAACUUGGUUGACUAAAAUUUUCCAUUAAUUUGAUCUUGAGUGAGCCUGAAGCAGGGCGAAUACAAAGACAACCUCAUAUUUUAAGAAAAAAAAAAAAGUCAGACAAAGCAUGCAAAUACAUGUCAUGACCGCUUUGAAAUGAAUGCAGCCGUGACUUUCCAGUCUCCACAUAAUGAAUUCAUUGACAAAAAAAACCAAAAUACUCUUUUGUGGAUUUUAGUGUAAAAAUUCACCAAGUUAAUAACCUUAAGUUUUUUUUGGCACAUAUAAACCAACAUAUUCUCACCAAGUUAAUAAACCCACAUUUUGCCAUAGAUGACAAAUAAAUGGCUUGAUUUUGAAAUUUUAGUGUUAUUAGGAAAAAAUAAAAAGUGCAAACGGCAAAAUCAAAUGGCUUUGUGGCCUA